AUCCAGGUAAAGGAGCUAUAUCAGGGAGUGCUUGGGAAACUGCAGCUACUCCACCCACGCUUGAUCACUGAGGAGAGGAUGGGGGAAGGUUAUGAGAGGAUGAGGAGGGAGGUGGAGAGGGAGGCGGUGCGACGAAAGACUCUGGCUUCACAGCUGAGGACUCUGCUCGACAGUCAGCUGCAGGUUCUGAGGCGAGAGCAGCAGGCCCAGCAGAGGGUCCACAGUGUGCUCACAGCUCAGCUCAGAGAAUGCACCAGAAUACUGUCCAAGGUUUAUAACAACAACAACCAGCAGCAAAAUUUGAUCCUGAGGCUGACAUCCCUGGUGGAGGAGAUGGGAGAGCUGGUGUCAGCAGAGUGCCAGCGUCAGGGUGCCUGGGGGUUUCUGUGUGAGGGUACAGGGGCCAAGCUGCUCUGCCCUGACACUGGAACUGUGCUGACCAAGGACCACAUCUUUGGUCCUGAUGGGUCCCUGCGUGUCUGUCGGGCACUUCAUUGUGAUUCAGUCACAGGCCUCAUAAGGCCAAAUGCUCACAGCCAUAUGCUGCUGAGCAGCGGCCACACCAUGGCAGUGCCACCUGAUUUCUUCCUCCACCCAGAGACUGGCAGAGUUAUGCCCAUAGUUGGCAACGUGGGCUAUGAUCCCGCAAGCUCUACUUUAGUGUUUACAACUGACUCAUGUACAGGAGACAACAGGAAGUGGGACAGUCCCCUUCUUCCUUUCAUUCCUUACCCAACCUCCAGCCACUCAGACUUGCCUCUGCCAAACACUCGGCUCAGAGGCCUCAGACCGGGCCAGAGACUGCAGCUGGGUGCCCCCAUGGCAGACCCAGACACGGGCGUCCCAGUGCCCAUUCUGGCUGUAACUAUCCACCCCCAGACAGGGCUAGUGUACCCGCUGGGAGGGGUGCAUGUCUGUCCCCUUACCCGCCUGCCUCAGCCCAUACAGAUUGGCUAUCCCAUGCUGGACUCCAGGACAGGGAAUGUUGUGCUCACUGUAGGAGUCAGUCUAGAUCCAGUAACAGGAGCUGUGCUGCCAGUAGGUGGAGUUCUGCUGUCGGAGUCCAUCAUCGAACCUCUGAGUGGGCGGAUGGUGAGAGUGGGAGGGGCCAGCAUACGGGCUGGGCAACUGCUGCCUCAUGUAGGAGGAUACCAGGCCCUUCUGGACGGCAAGGUUUUGGCAGUGAUGUUUAAAGUAUUGGAGCUCCUGAAGCCACUAACUGAGGAAUGGGGAUCAGACCAAACUUUGCAGCGCCAUAAGGGCAGCGAGAGAGGGAGUGGUCGACAAGAUCAUCUUCUCGCUGCAGCCAAGGAGCUCCAGCAGGCCUGGGGAAGGAGCCUGCACUGCCAGCUGCAGCUGCAGACCAGGUUGGAUAUCCUGCUGAACUGGGCUGACUAUCUCCAGCAGGAUGGAGGGACUUUAGGAGAGAUGCCUCUCUUAGGUUCAGAUAUGGGUGUGCCAGCUCUGCUGGGGAUGGAGUACCCAGACCCUAUGGGAUCUGGUCUGAGUGUACCUGUGCUGGGGUGUCAGACUAACCUUGUUUCUGGGAUUAGGAUUCCGUUGGCAGGGACCAUGGAGGACCCUGACGGAAAAGGCCUAGUGGCCAUCCGUUAUGGAUCUCAGACUGUUGACCCAGUGACAGGUGUGUUGGCCCCAGUGGUUGGAGCCAGGCUUGAUGUGUCCAGAAAAACCGUUGUACCUGUCACAGCUUCCUACUGGCUAACGGUGGCAGGUCAAACUGAUAGUGUGCAGGUAGAGGCGCUGCAGAGAGAGGUGUGUGUGCGGAACACUUACUGGCAAAAUCAGAGACCGCGGGAGGAAGAUAUUCUCUCUGAUCUGGACUCAGCUCUAUUCCAGUGUCUCUUUAGAGUUACAGAAGCAAACUCUUAUCAGGUCCAGUGGUCAGGGAGGCAGCUGAGGGAAGCAGCCGUGGAUCUGCAGGAUUCAGUGCAGACUGAGGCACAGAGGAGAGCAGCUCAGCGCUCCCACUUGGCUCUGAUCUUGCCUUCACAUGUAUUACACAUCCUCACUCUGGGUGACGAGCAGGAGUGGGAUCUGCAGUGUGUUUGGCACUCGGAGCUCGUGUCAGGCCUUGAUAAGGUGGAUGUGUGUAUGGAGCAGCUGCAACAAGACCAAGAAAAAUGGUCAACACAGGGAGGAGACUGGGCUACAACCCUCCAUGCUAUGGACAGAGAGCUGAGACAGAGAGAGUUGUGGGAGCAGUGUUGUUCCAGACAGACAGAGUUGGAGGCUGCUCUUAAUGCGCUGCACUUUGCCAGACACCUUUCUCAGCUCCGCGCCGACACUGCUCAGGCAGUACUGUGUGGGAGCUUUUGGUAUAAGGAAUAUGGUCUGGUCCAGUGCAGUGGACACAGGCCGACUGUGGAGGUCAGGGGUUUUCUUCAACAGAUGGCUUUGCCUCUGCUGGAGAGACUGAACCAACUCCUGGAAGACAAACAGCCUGCCAGCUUCUCCCCCAACAUCUGCAAUCAGCACAUUUCUGGUUUGUCAACAAAGCAGGCAUAUGGGUUGGAGAUAGCCUCUAGAGUCUGGACAGCCUCUGUGCCUGUCGUGAAAGGAAUCUCCACCCAGUCUUUGAGGGAGCCUGUCAAUUUAGCUCAAUCCCAGGACACUGGUCUGCAGGCCAUCUCAUUACCGACACACAAUUCACAAAGACACACUGCAUCUACUGGCAUUCAUUCCCAGGAAAGCCAGCCGAUGAAAGAGUCUGCUCAGCCUACACAUUCUAUCUCUGUCCCUACAGUUCCAGAAGAGGAAUGGGCCAAGCUACUGGAGCUCUCUCCUCUGUUCCAGCUGUUGAAGGGGAUGGAGCUACAGCUGAAGGGUUGGGCCUGCGGGGCAGGGCUUCUUAGAGGAGAGCUUGGUAGGUCCGAUACAGAUGUGUUUUAUUUUUUAUUUUUGAGUGUGCAGAAAGAUACGUAUAUACAGUACGAGUGCACACACAUACAACACGUGUAGACAGCAUAAUCAUUGGGUAUUUAUGUACAAUCAAGCAUAACACACAACAUCAAAGAUAUUUUCUCUCCAAAUCAAUCCUAACCGGAGAAAACUUAAUUAUAUAGUCGUGAUUGCUUUAAAAGUAUUUUUGAAUACUUAUGGAUACUGAAUAAGAGACCCCUUAUAUCAUGGUGUACUUUUGUGAAAAGGGCAGAUUACAACCUUGUUUAAGACCACCUAAAUUAAGAAAUCCGAUAUGUUAUUUCCAUGGCCAAGAAAAGUUUAAUCAAUAUUUGUGAACAUGAGCUACUCUCUUUUAAAGC